CUUCCGGCCUUUGUGACUCAUUGUGUCUGUGUCGAGGCGUCGGGAGGGCCUAGCAGCUAGCUCCUUGUGCAGCGCCCUUCGGCCGGUCUGAGCCCCAGAGUCGGCUCCCCUUUCUCUCCCAGCGCCCCAAGGCCGCUCCCGGGGCUCACGGAAUCAUACAGAAACAGAUAUCAGAGAACAUUUUCAAGGACAGAAAGGACAGACUUUAUUUGGAUCAAGUCAGUUCUCUGAGCCCACCUGAUGACUGCUGAAUCAAGGGAAGCUACUGGUCUGUCCCCCCAGGCGGCCCAAGAGAAGGAUGGUAUCGUAAUAGUGAAGGUAGAAGAGGAAGAUGAGGAGGAACACAUGUGGGGGCAGGAUUCCAGCCUGCAGGAGACUCCUCCUCCUGACCCAGAGAUCUUCCGCCAACGUUUCAGGCACUUCUGUUAUCAGAACACUUUUGGGCCGCGAGAGGCUCUGAGUCGACUGAAGGAACUUUGUCAUCAGUGGCUUCGACCAGAGAUAAACACCAAGGAGCAGAUUCUGGAGCUGCUGGUGCUAGAGCAGUUUCUUUCCAUCCUGCCCAAGGAGCUUCAAGCCUGGCUGCAGGAAUACCGUCCCGACAGUGGGGAGGAGGCUGUGACCCUUCUGGAAGAUUUGGAGCUUGAUUUAUCAGGACAGCAGGUCCCAGGUCAAGUGCAUGGACCUGAGAUGCUCGCAAGGGGGAUGGUGCCUCUGGAUCCUAUUCAGGAGUCCUCCAGCUUUGACCUUCAUCAUGAGGCCACCCAGUCCCAUUUCAAGCAUUCAUCUCGGAAACCCCGCCUCUUACAAUCACGGGCUCUCCCUGCCACCCACGUUCCUGCCCCUCAUCACGAGGGGAGUCCCAGAGACCAAACAAUGGCUUCUGCACUAUUCACGGCAGAUUCCCAGGCGAUGGUGAAGAUCGAGGACAUGGCUGUGUCCCUCAUCCUGGAGGAGUGGGGAUGUCAGAACCUGGCUCGGAGGAAUCUCAAUAGGGACAACAGGCAGGAGAAUUAUGGGAACGUGUUUUCCCAGGGUAAGAAUAAUGCAGGAUUAUUGUCUGCAAAAAUAAACAAUGAAAUCACAAAAGACUCAGCAUCACGUAGGGAGACAAGAGGAAGAAUCCAGAAAGAUUUUGGAGAAAAACAUGAACAGCAGGGCAGAACAGCAGAAAGGCAGCAGAAGAAUCCUGAGGAGAAAACUGGAAAAGAAAAGAAAGAUUCAGGGCCAGCUACAGCCAAGGAAAAAAAAACAACCGCAGGAGAGAGAGGUCCCAGGGAGAAGGGUAAAGGAUUGGGAAGAAGCUUCAGUCUGAGCUCAAACUUUAACACCACUGAAGAAGUUCCAACAGGAACAAAGUCUCAUAGGUGUGAUGAAUGUGGUAAAUGCUUCACAAGGAGUUCAAGCCUUAUUCGCCAUAAAAUCAUCCACACUGGAGAAAAGCCCUAUGAAUGCAGUGAAUGUGGGAAAGCCUUCAGUCUGAACUCAAACCUUGUCCUGCAUCAGAGAAUCCACACAGGAGAGAAACCUCAUGAAUGUAAUGAGUGUGGCAAAGCCUUCAGUCAUAGUUCAAAUCUCAUUCUGCAUCAGCGAAUUCACUCUGGAGAGAAACCUUAUGAAUGUAACGAGUGUGGGAAGGCCUUCAGCCAGAGCUCAGACCUUACAAAACAUCAGAGAAUCCACACAGGGGAGAAACCCUAUGAAUGUAGCGAAUGUGGAAAAGCUUUCAACCGAAACUCAUACCUUAUUUUGCAUCGGCGAAUUCACACCCGAGAAAAGCCCUAUAAGUGCACUAAGUGUGGCAAGGCCUUCACCCGGAGCUCGACUCUCACUCUGCAUCACAGAAUCCAUACCAGAGAGCGAGCCUCUGAGUACAGUCCAGCUUCUCUUGAUGCGUUUGGAGCAUUCCUGAAAAGCUGUGUGUAAAGUGAGAAUUUGCUGACAAGCCAUUUCCCCCUUUUGUUUCUAAAUUUAUUUCAAAGAUGUGUGCUCAUGGAAGGGAAUAAACAUCCUCAACGGAUUUAAAAACACACACACACUUUUUAAGGAUCCUUAUAGUUAGAUUAGCAGUGUUCUACCUUUGCAUAGUCUGUGGGCAUAUAAUUCUUCCAUACAGCCCCUUUAGUGAAAAGCUAAUCAUAUGGAUAAGCUACAUGAUAUUUCCUUAAGACAUAAAAGCACACACAGCAAAAUGUCACACUUUUCAGUAAUGAGGAUACCUUUAAGGCGCUAUUGGACUCUCAGCAACCAUGAUACAGAAUUGAAAGAUUAAAAUUGGCUCUCUAAAAAUGAUACAUAGGUUAAAAGCUUCUUGCUGUAAUCAAGCCCUGGUUGGCCAACAUCUUGCUGUACCUUCUUUCUCAAAAAAAGAGGGUUUUUAGUUAAAACAAAAACUACAUUGGGACAUGCUGCUUGAACUAGUUAUAUAUAUAUAAGAUAUAUAUGAACACUGGUAGCCUACCAAAGCUAUAGAAAUCUAGGACUGUGCUGAUCAGUAUCAAACCAAAGAUUUCUAUCUCUUCAUGAAAGAGAGGGUAUGUGCACCAGUCUCCAGUUCCAAAGGACUGCCACAAAUGUAGAUGGUUUUAUCCUCAUCUAUGAGAGAAAUUCUACUGAAAUGGCAACAAUGAUUCAAAAUACUUCUCUCCCUUCUGGAAGAAAUCCCUAAAGCACUAAUCACACUCUGAAAUGCAUUUCUCCACAAGUUAGCACUUGAUUAUAUACCGUCUUGUAAUCUUUUAUUGUUUCAUGUAUGAAAUUUUUCAUUACCCCCCAAAAGAGAUGCUUUGACAAGGGAUAUAUUUAUAUCCUUACAGCACUGGGCACAGUGCUGAACACAUAAGGAGCACUCAUUAUGCCUGGCUUCUAACAGGACUUUUGCACUUAUGAUAAAGCCCUGUGAAUCAUGAGUACCUGAGAUAUGGUAGCCUGGCCCAGCUUUUGAAGAGGACAUUCAGAGCCUGAGGCAUGCUAAAGCUCCAGAGUCUUAUCCUGUUUUUAUCCUAAACAAAAGAAAGGCACCAUUUAGCCACCUGCAUAGACUUUCUAAACAUGGAUUAGUGAGUAAAUACCAUGGAAUGUCAGAAAUGACUCCAUUAUCUCAUCUUAAGAAAAAGACAAAAACUUACUAAGGCCAUUUUUUGACAUCUUUUUAUGACAAAGAUCUUAGCCAGUAUUUUCUUCAGUCAGCUGCUGAACAACCUGAUGAUUUGGGCACUUUCUGAAUCAUUUGUAACUUUAAAUAAUAAUUCAGACUAUGUGUUUUGUGUUGCUUUUCAGAAAAAGGAAGAUGUAGGAAGCAUUUUCUCCCACACUUUCCAGAAACUUCACAAAAGCAUUUGACAUCAUUAGUUGGCCAUUACUAAAUGUGUUAGUUGCUCUGAGAAGUUCACCAAAUUGCUAAGAUUUGGUUGGUUGUAUCAGAGUUGUGCUACACAGUGUCUUUUCUCUCUCAUCACUAAAGACUGAGGUGGGGUUAUAAAAUUUGGAUCUUUUCUAUCUGUGCAAGAAGAUGCAAUUGGCUGCUUGGAAGCCAAUGCCAGAAACUUCAGAUACAAUACAAGAAACCCAAGUAUCGGGGGGGCUACUACAUAGGUAGUCAUCAGGGACUCAGGUAAAGAUGACUGCUCAUGAGAGCAUGCAAAAAAUUGUAAGCUCUGCAAAAACUUAAGACACAGAAUAAGAACACACCUGAAGACUAUCCUCGUAACAGGAGACCCCCAAUAGAGAUUGAGAUUUUCCAUCAGGAAACAAAACUAAGACGCAUCAUUUUGCUAAUCAGCAACUCGAGCCCAUGAGGCAGCAUGGUUUUAUGGGGAGCCAAUGAGGUGGGGGCAGCUAUGGCCUCAGCUCCAGACCAAACUAAAAUCUGCAUAGCAGUAAUUCUUUCGCCUCUCUAUACCUUGGACCAACCACGGUUUGUAGUUUCUAAGCAGUUUCAUCAGUGUUGCCUGGGAAACUUCAAAGAAGUCAGCUGGUGACAAGAAUAUUUCUAUCCAUUUAACUUAAGAAAAAUAGAAAAGAUACUCCAGAAACGUAUACCUGAGGAACGUUAUAUAGUAAAGUGAAAGUAGAAGAAAUGCUUCUAGGAUUUUCUUCAUGAACCACAGUGAUGGUUGCAUAGAAAACCGCUGGUGCUUUUGAGCAAAGACUUGCUGCUGGGAAGCAGCUGAAAGCAGUGAGAUGCUUACCUCCAGAUACUGAUCAAAGCACUGACUACUCUUAAGAGGGGAUGAACUUUGGUUGGUUCUUCAUUGGCUUUUUUUAUUAGCCAGAACUACGUGCUGACAUAACUCAGCCAUGUUUUUUACUGAAAAUUAAAGUAACCUGUGCCCCCACAUUUAAUUCCCGUUUUUCUGGGACAUCGACUGUGUGGGCAGCCACUGUGGUUGCUCCAGAUCUUCAGCAGACGCACGCCUUGAAGCAGCUGCUUAAAGAUGUUUCCUAAAGAAAACAGGCUACAGCUGGUGGUUAAAACCAUUUGCAUUGCAUUCAUCAGCUGCUCAAAGCAAAUUGCAAUUGGCGUAUGGUCAAAAACGCUUACAACAUCUCAUAAGUGUUCAGGAUAGUCAUUCAAAGUUCUUGACGGGGUGAAGCCUGUUAAUAGCUUAAACAGUAGCAUGUGAGUUGACCUAUUGGAAGUUUUUGAAGGGCUUCUUAAAACAAUACCUUAACUUUGCCAGGAAAAGAAGUAAAGUUCUUCAAGUCGUGGGGUAUUUGUCUCUACUCUGGCCUGGCAGGCAAGGCGAAAGCCUGAGAAUAGAGAUGUAUGAGGCAUCUUGUUGAAUGCACUUAGUAUUUUAUUAAAGGCAUAAAAGUGAAACUAUGCUAAAUAUGUACAGAGAGGUUAAUAUGUUUGUUAUGUGAGACAAUUCAUAUCUUAUGUACAUCAGAGAAUUCAUUCCAGAAGGAAACCUCUUGAAUGUGAUAAUAUGGCAAAGCCUAUAAUCACAUUUCAGCCCUUAGCAUCAGAAAGCUUACACUGUAAAUAAACUUUAUUAAUAUUAUAUGUGAGGAAACCUUUCAUGUAUAGCACUUGUUGCUUUGGACAGAAAAUGAAUUCCAUCAGUAUGUCCCAAUUGUAAUGAAUUUCAGAAACACUGCAGAGGACACUCAAUCUUAACUCCAGAGGAUCCACAGAAGAAAAAAUGUGGGGAAAUAGCAAAAUGUACAACUUCUUACAAGAAUUGUCAAUGUUGGGUACUUCUAUAUAUUUUAUAUGACCUUAUUGUCAGUGUCUGUGUUUUGUACCUUCAGCCCCUGUUGCUAUUCUGUAUAUUCUCUGUAGGCAAAGAAUGUAUUUUAUUUUACUCUAUUUGACAGAACACAUCAUUUCAAAAAAAGCAGAGUUUUAGAGUGAAUAGUAAAGAAGUUGAUGUGAUUACAGACAAAAAAAAA